UUUAAAAGUUGGUAAGCCAGGUAAGUUAGUACUGUAAUACUUUAUACUUAAAUUAUCUUGUGGACUAUUGCAAUGCUUUAUUCUUUUUUUGAUAAUUUUAGUAACUCCAUUAUAAUACAGUAUAUUUUUUAAUCAUAAAAUAUAGACAAUAGUUAUUACUUACUUUAGCUAUGAGUAGAAACAUUGUGUUACCUACUUAUUUGUUUGUCAUUAUUUAUGGUUAAUUUUUGUGCAUUUGUGAUACUUGUGAUAAUAGAGAUGCUAUUAAACUAUUUGGAUUAUUGAACCGUCUAUCAACAUUCUUCUCAGACUCUUACAAAAGAAUGAAUGUUUGGAAGGAACAAAAAGAAAAACUAGGAACUGGCCAGAAUAAACUAAGAAAACUUCAAAAAAUUGGUGAAACCUGAUGGUGGUCAGGAGAAAAAGCACUAAAAUGGGUUUUCAGUGGUGAUAACUGUUUAUAUCCAGUUGUUCUUAGUGCUCUAAACUUUGUUACCACUUCAAGUAAAUUUGAUCCCAAGUCUUCAUCCGAGGCCUCGUCUUUAAUAGAAAAUGUAUGCAAUUUUAAAAUCAUAUGUACUGCUCAUAUAUUUUUAAAAAUAUUUAUAACCGUUGGUUCUACUUCAACUUAUUUGCAAACUAAACAUUUAGACCUCCUUGCUGCAUGGGUUAUGGUUAAAACAACUAUUAAAGAAAUAGAUAAAAUUAAUUUUGAUGAUGUUAUGUCUGUAUCAGAAAAAUUUUGUUCAGAUAUGAACAACUAUAAGUUAACAACUAUUAAAUUACCUGAAAAUAUAAUUGUCGAAUCUGAGUUUAAAGAAAACAGAAUAAGGCGGACAAAGCGGAUGUUUGACGAAAUAUGUAGUGAUGAAUCACCAAUAAAUCCCAAACAAAAAUUUAAGGUUGAAGUAUUCCUGUGUAUUAUUGAUCAACUAAAAACUAGCCUUUCAGAGAGAUUUACAAAUAAUACAAGUUUAAUUGUUGACAUGCAGUAUCUUUUACCAAAACAUUUUAAGGAUUUGAAGUCAGAUGAUCUUCCAGAGUCAGCGUUAAAAAAAUUAUCUACUUUGUCAUCAGUAGACCAUCCAUUGUUAAUUGCUGAACUAAAAUAUUUUGCAAGUAUUUACAAUGCUGUUAUACAACCACUAAACAAACCCAAUCGUUUAAGUUAUGAUAGCAAUGAUGACAGUAGCCAUGAAGAAGAUGAUGAGAAUAAUGAUAAUUUAUAUGAACUCAACACGGAUAUCAGGACAGGAUGUGACAAGGCUAUGAGAAAAAAUAAUAAUAAUGGACAUAAUCGUGAUUCUUGUCUCUUGUGUGUUCACAAACUAAUUUAUUCACUCAAUAUGCACUCUCCUUUAUACGCUAAUCUUUUUACUGCCAUCGAAUUUGUAUUAACUCUAUCUGUGAGUCAAGUAAAUUGCGAGCGUGUUUUCAGUAAAUUGAAAAUAAUUAAAAAUCGUUUACGUUCUUCUCUUGGAAAUGAACACUUAGAAGCAUUUAUCCUAAUGACAGUUGAAAGAGAAAUUUUAGAUGAAAUUGAAUUUGAAGACAUACUUGAAAUAGUAAAGAGUUCAUCUCCGUUAAUGUCUAAGCUGUUGUCAAAAUAUUAAAUAUUACAAUUUAUAAACUAUACCUAUAAAAUAUCAUUAGUUUUAUUUUGUUUAAUUGUGUUUUAUAUUAAAUUAAAUUUAUCACAUUGAUUAUAAUAUUAAAUAUUUAUGUUAUGUUUCUUUACUAAUUUGUACAAGAUUUUAGCAAGAAUUAUGUUGAUUACAUUAUUUACUAUUUAGAUAUUAAUAUAUUAUAGGUACAUUAUUAUCAAUUAACAAAUAAUUAUUAUUUUUUAUAAAAGAUAAAAUUUUGGCCACAAAACUUAAUUAGGCCUGUAAUAGUGUAAUCACAAUUAUUGAAGAAAACAUUUUUUUUUUUUUUUUUUUUUGAGGGGG